AUGUGCAGUCUGGUGACUGAAACUACACUGUCUCUGGGCAUCAAGAACAUUAUUGUGGUUACCACAACUGACUUCGACACUUAUGGUGUUGUGAGAUGUAUGUGGGCACUUGGUGUGAGCACUGAGGUGCACCUGGACUCACACUAUAUGACACAAGUUGCCUCCAACACCCUUCAGGCUCCUGUCACUGAUAAGGAUUGUUCCAGCAUCCAUAACCGGACAUCUCUGUGGUCAAGGGUGGACUGGACAUUCUUAUAUGGGCGGGAGCCACUUCCACGACACACAAUGGCUGUCCUGGUGGUAGGACCUGCAAACUGGGUUGGCACUGCUGCUGUACAAUUGGACACAUUGAUGCUGGCGCCAGUGGGAGGCAAUAUCCUCGGGAGAGAUUUGUGUCCCAGCAUCCCACUGGCAGUACGAGUGUUGCUCCUGGAGGAUCAACGUGACAAGGUGUUGGACGGAAAAAGUCAGUGUACGGGAGUGUUGAGAGAGGCAAGACUAACUGACGGUGGCAGGUACAACCUACAUACUGUUGCUUGUCUGCAACACACUCAACUGCUUCACUCAACUCCACUCCUCUCCCGUCCAUCUACCCUUAAAGGAGGUGUGAUAAAGAUUGCUUACAUGAAGAAUACCAUCGAGAUAAUUUUAGUAAGAAAAGGAGAGUCUUUAGUGCUGCAAGAAUUACUGGGAGAAAUGUUAACCACGAUUAUGAAGAAACUCAACUUUACGAUCCAGUUAAACGAGAUUAGUAGCCGUGUUGAUAAGAUGUCUAAUGGGUCAUAUGGCGGAGCAAUAGGCACGUUACAGCGCAGGGAGGCGGACGUGUUGAUGGCCACCAUGUCGAUGCUUCCUGAGAGAGCAACUGUACUCGACUACUCACAGUGGUUUUGGUUAUAUAAUCUCAAGUUUUAUACUAAGGUUCCCAAAUUUCUUGAAGACAAGUUUUCUACUUAUGCAAAUAUAUACAUGGCAGGUGUGUUCUAUACUGUUAUAUAUACAUGGCAGACUUGGUGCUGUAUUUUUGGGUUCCUGAUCCUGGCAUCAACGACGCUGGCGUUGACGUGGAGCGCCACGCAUGAUGGCGCACACUGCACCACAGUAAGCGUGCAAACUGCUGUUACCACUGCUUGGAAGACAGCUGUUUACGUGGGUUGUAAGAAGCAGCCUCAGAACACUGCAGGUAGACUGGUUCUGACAGCAACCUGGCUGGUAGCUAUCGUUCUGGUGGCAACUUACAGCGGUAAUCUGACAGCGUUCCUCUAUAUCCCUCGCAUUGAGAAAGUGCCGCAGACAGUCAGGGAAAUGAUUGAUAUGGGUUACGACUUCUCCAUCAGCUAUGGCUACUCCCAGUAUGAUAAACUCAAGAUCAUUAUGAUAAACAUUGCCAUCAUUCGACCCAGAGUUAGAGGAUCUCUAGCGGUAGAGGAUCUCAAGGUGUUCAUGGAUAUUGUUUGCAACACAAUCGACUCCACGGAACAACAGAGCAUAUUCCGGCAGAUGGUCAGUACGCUAUUGAAAGUGUGCUUACUGACCGAGGAGGAGAUGGUGGACGUCAUGAAUUUGCAGGUUGAAAAUUGA